CUCGUUUGUCACCGCCGUGAUCACACUGUCAGAUUUCAGUCAUCUCGAGGCAAGCGACUAAAGUUAGAAGGAAAAUCCUCCAGAAUUCGCGUAGAAAAAUGGCUGCAUCGGGAAAACUUUCGGUUUUGGCUCGCCAGCUGAGCACCAGUUCGGCUGCUGCCCAGCUCGUUAAGCCACCGGUUCAGAUCUUCGGACUGGAGGGUCGUUAUGCCUGCGCCCUGUACUCGGCUGCCCACAAGACCAAGGCCCUGGAAGCCGUCGAGAAGGACCUGAAGAGCCUCCAGAGCCAGAUGCGGUCGGAUCCGAAGGUGCGCGACCUGCUGAUCAACCCGACGAUCAAGCGCAACGUCAAGGCUGCUGCCAUGAAGGAGGUUUCGUCUCGGGUCAAGUACAACGCCGCCACCGGCAAUCUGCUGACUGUGUUGGCGGAAAACGGUCGCCUUGGCCGGCUGGAUGGCAUUAUCAAUGCCUAUACGCUGAUCAUGGCCGCCGAGCGGGGAGAGGUUGUGUGCGAGGUCAAGACCGCCAAGCCACUGGAUGAUUCGCAGCGCAAGCAACUGGAGAGCGCUCUGAAGUCGUUCCUGAAGCCCAACCAGAGCAUCCAGCUGACGGCCAAGGUCGACCCAUCGUUGAUCGGAGGAAUGAUCGUCUCUAUCGGUGAUAAGUACGUGGACAUGAGCGUCGCCAGCAAGAUCAAGAAGUACACCGAUAUCAUCUCCGCCCCAGUCUAAGGCGUCUGGAUCUCCGGAAGAAGGGUAUCGGAGCCGGGGGCCGGUGGAACGUGUUGGCAUUGCAAAAAGAUCCGCACGAUGGCGACACUUCCUCCAGUGAUUGUUUUUAGCAAGGGAUUCCUUGUAGUAUGAUGCAGUACAUGUGUAAUAUCGAAAGCGAAUAAAAAUGGUAAAAUUUA